GUUGGCCGAGCGCACUGAGCGACGUUCGGAAUUGUUCGGGUGUGUGCACACGUUUAUAAGCGUCAUGUUUUUUUUAUUUAUUUUUACCGUGCGAUUAACUGACAAGUUUUGAUCUAUGUUCAUUUAGUUGGUUAUCCGCCGCGCGCUAUAACUACUAAGCUGUACAGCCUGACUUCACCACGGUUUCAUUUGUAAGAAAUUUAUUGUAAGAAAUCGGGAACUUGAGUCAACCGAGUAUUGCCGAGUGUUCCCGAGGAGCGGAAGACUGAAGCGGUGCUAGCAAUUAUCGUGGUCUCCAUAGCAACGUGUCCACAAGUUGUUCUCUGGCAGCUGCUGGCGAGACGGUCUCGCCAGUUGCUGCCAGCUGCCCGACUAGCACGGUCGCGUCUGGCUGCUCGACCGUGGGGCGUGCUCUUUGGAAGUCUCUAUGACGUCACGGGGUGUGCUAGUGUUGUAUAAUGUUGAAGAAGCAUGGGCCAGACUCGGCGGUGCGUGUCGUGUAGUGUGUGCGUGUUGUAUUUGCUUGUGAGUGCCACGUGCGUUACUGCGAACGAUGUCGGCUGCAGCGACCGGCCAAACUGCCGCCGCUGCACCAACUCCAGCGAGGGAGGCAUGCAGUGCAUCAAGUGUCGCAACCUAAUUGUGGUCGGUAGCAGGCAGUGUGUCGACCAGUGUCCUGCAGGCUUCACGCAGGAGUGGUCCAAUCUUGUUAACUACAUGGGCAGAAUAUGCACAGGACGCAAUUUCCUGAGCCUUCCAGUUCACUUGUCAGCAGUGGUGGUGGGAGUAGUUUGUGGACUGGCAUUCUGUGUGCUAGCACUCAUUGGAGGCUGCCUCUACCUGAGACAUCGCAGAAAAAACUUGGCCAAGCAUUCCCAGUGCUAUGGCAAUUCCAAAGAAUCAUACGAAGAGGACUUAGAAUUUUUGGAGAAAUUGCAGUUCCUGAAAUACAUGACGACACUGCGCUGCGAAGCACCUUUCUUCCUCGCUAUGCUGAAUGACACACGCAAGCAGGUGCGUGACCUCAGGCGGCUCAGCAGCGGCGACUCUGCAGCACAGGCAUUCAGGCCAGUUCUGUUGGAUUUGGUGCGGAUCUUGUUGCUGCUAAACAGCCCCGAGAACCGGAUACGAGCUCCUCCGACUGACUGGAGAGACCUUUUUUCGUGGGGUGAGAGGGUGUUGCGUCGUUACAAGAGACAAAAUCCUCACCAGGUGGUCCAGGCACAGCUGGUGAACUUUCUUCAAACAGCGGUUACACCGCAGCCCAUCCAGCUCGCACACCUGAAUGCAACAGAACAUCAGUAUUCUCAACAGCCUCAACUUUGCUCUUUCCAUCCCUCAAACAAAACAGCCGUAAACCACCUCACCACUAUUAACAACACCAACCACACCGACUGUGCAAUUAGUGACUCGAACUUGUCGCUGCAACACAUUGCAGCAAUUACAUUUGGUGCUUACUGUGACGACCAGCUGAAGACUGAGAGGGUGUCGAAAAUGCCACCACAGCUUAUCUCGAGCAAGUUUCCAGGUGACCAUGCCAUGCCGGCAGAAUGGCAGUCCACACAGGACUGCCUCCUGGAAGCUGACUUUAUCACACUGGGGUUCCGCCCGCAGGACGAGGUCACCACUGAACUAUGAUAUGGUCAUUUCACUAGCGAUAUUUCUAGUUCUACAUUGACUGUACCAGGAGGUUUGGAAUCAGUAACCAUCUGGGAAGACUAAAGCAGUAGUGCGUAUAAAGCCUGGUUCUGUAGUGAAAUGCGGUAAGAUGAAACAACAAGAGCAUCUGCAGUUUGGGUGGCCCGCCGAGUGUCUGCCAGUGGCCCGUGAUUUGCUCUCGUUACAUACGGCUGUACAAAUCUCUGCUGUUAAAACCCAGUAAUUGAUAAAUCGAUGUUUUAAGUAUGGUUUUAUCAUAAAAAAUCUCAUUUUUGACCUUACUUUGCAAAGAUCCAAAUUACAAGUGAGAUUUUUCGUCGGCGAAUUGCUAGUAAAAUUGCCUGAUAAAUUUAAAGCUUAAAAAAAUGUUUUUUUAUCAACCUCUACAUUUCUUAAAACAAUUCAUAAUUUAUGCGACUCUUAAUUAUAAUAUAGGCCUACAAGAUAAGUUAUAAUUUUAUGUGUACUAGAUAAUAACCCACGGCUUCGCGCGCACAAUUGCUGAGAAUUGCUAAAAUCUUACCAUUAAAAAGGGUUUGUAAUAAAUUCCAAACAUGUUUACUGAAUAAAUAGACAAAAUAAAUUGUCAGAUGCACAAAA